CCGUGGCGGUUUACCGGAAUGUCCGGCAAAUUUCCGUCGAGCGAAGCUCCUCAAGUUCCGGUUCGCCCACCCUCCCUCUUCCCCUGCCGGUCCAUUUGAAUUUUCCAGAUCGCGGAGAUUCUGAAAUCCUGCCACGAGAGCCCUCUGGAUCCGAAGUGCUGUAAUUCACUUUGAAAAUUCCCGUGUAUUUUUAUUAAGGAAAUCUCCCCGAAAGUUUCGCCUCUUUGAGAUUCCCAUCAAUUCCAUUCCCUCCGUUCGGAUUCCCGUUUUCAAAUUCUAUUCAAGCUAUUCAAAUUCCAGGAACUCCGAGUUCCGGAUUCUCCAAAGUUCCCAAAUUCAAAUCUUCUACUUGAAAUCUUUUACUUCAUACAUUUAUGGAUAUUAGAAUCGUAGACAUUUUUAUGCUUUAUUCCUAAGACACACUCAUGUUAAAGCAUCAUCGAUUCCCGAAACCUAAGUCUCGAUUUUUUGCGAAUCUUUACAUCAUUGACCAUUAUCUCUUUUUUCUCUCUUCCUUUCAAGCAUCUCGACUUGCGACGCUCCAUACUCAAGAGCCACAAAUUGACUUAAAGCACAGAAAAUGUCUUUAAAUCCGAGACUUUCCGAACUCGCUGGUUCGAUCGUGCGAAAUCAAUGUUAAAUCCGCAACGGUUUAAUGGGCGGCAAAAGCUGAAAGAUAAUAUUCGCGAUACUUGCGCGAGCGAUCCACACUCGGCGAGAUGUAACCUGUUGAACACGUAAUCCUCAUUUUCCAUCGUAUAACACUCGAUAUAUCGGUCUUGUCGCAUCGAUGAAAUUGGAUCGCUAUCGAUACCCACAAUUCGUGGAAGACGCAGCGGACAUGGCCGUCUAUCGCCUGUAGAGAAAAUCUUCUUCCAAGAAAUCUUAGCGAUUUUAUCAAUCCAUUUUUAUUGAUAACGAAAUAAUUGACGCAAAUUGCAAGAACAAACGUUUGACGAUCAGGAUGUCCUAUUAGCGUGACAUGAGAGCAAAUUUUUAAAUCGUCACUCUUAUUUUAGAGCUUUUACGUCCUUGAACUUUCAAGUUCCUCAUAUUUUUGUGGAGUGAAUUUUAAAGUCCUUUUUCUUGUGGAGUGAAUUUUUUAAAGUCCUUUUUUUCUCAAAAUCUUUUAGAUGCUUAAACCUCUGUGCUAGGAUUUUUAAGGACCUGGAAUUUUCCUCAUUCUCUUUCUUUCGUGAAUUUCCGGGGAGCCGAAUUUCUCUUGCUCGCACUUUUGAUCCUCAAAUUCCCGGCGUUCCAAAUUUUUGACCAGCAAUAUCUGCUCUUUCGCGCUGCCACCGUUCCUCGAAUUCCUGACUCUCGAAAUAUUUCAUUUUGAUUCAUCAUUCUAGUCAACUUCAAUCCUUUUCUCUCGCAGUCCCGCAAGUCCUUUCAGCUAAAUUACUUUAUCAAAAAUAAAAUAGAGAGACAUAAAUUGUCGAGUCUGUUUUAACCAUAAACUCACGAAUCCUUCACCGCAUUUCCAACCAUCAAACGCGGAAGUAAACCGCGCCGUCAUACUCCGAUUAUUCUCAAUGUCCGAGGUCCCAACAUCCCUCGGCGAUCCUAAAUAGUGCGCUUUCAGAUGAAGGGUCCCCGCGUACCGUGAAAGUGCGCGUUUUGGUGGGUGAAGUUCUGACUAAGCGAUGACGACGAGUUCGACGACCGUGCGGCUCGUCGUGACGGAUUUUUACGAGAACUCCUCGCUGCUCCCGUGGGAUGCUAUCUCCCCGAACGGCAGUGAGAUUGAUCUGGAGACGACGAGCGCGAGUCCCGCCGGGAGCCAGGACGAUCAGGGCGGUCUCAACAACUGGUGGGCAAUGCUGGCGCUCGUCUUGGUCCUGGGAACAGCCGCGGGGAAUAUCCUGGUGUGCCUGGCGAUCGUUUGGGAACGCCGGCUGCAAAACGUCACUAAUUAUUUCCUGAUGAGCCUCGCCAUCACUGAUCUUAUGGUCGCCAUCCUGGUGAUGCCGCUGGGAAUCCUCACGCUCGUCCGCGGAUACUUCCCGCUGCCGCCAGUUUAUUGCCUCGCCUGGAUCUGCCUGGAUGUGCUGUUCUGCACCGCGAGCAUAAUGCACCUGUGCACCAUAAGCGUGGACCGUUACCUGAGUCUGCGGUACCCCAUGAAGUUUGGUCGUAACAAGACUAAGAAGAGGGUCACGCUGAAGAUCAGCUUCGUGUGGUUCCUCAGCAUCACGAUCAGCCUGCCCCUGAGCCUAAUGUAUUCGAAGGAGGACGAUUCUGUACUGGUAGAUGGGGCCUGCCAGAUCCCCGAUCCCCUCUACAAAUUAAUCGGCAGCAUAAUCUGCUUCUACAUUCCGCUGGGGGUCAUGUUGCUGACGUAUGCGUUAACGGUGAGGCUGCUAGCGGAGCAGCAGCAGAACAUCGGCGGGACAAGAGCAGGUUGGUCAUCAGGAUGGUUGGGUGCACCUCAGGGUGCAGCCACCGCAGCAGGACUCGAGAGGCGAGGCACCUGGAGGAGGUUCCUCCUGAACAAGAGUUCCGGCGGCAGCGGUGGCACGCCGCAACACACUUCCGGCACGUCGACCGACACCGAGCUAACCACCCUUGACACCCACGAACUCUGGCUACCAGAAAGCGAGCCACCACCAUCGGCAAUGUCCGCCCUUCACGCCUUCGGCGCGGAAAUGCUGAAAUUGUCGAGGGGCCUCGAGGGGAUCGCAGGUAGCCCCGGAAAUCAGACUCUGUCGCGAUCGACACCUCAGCAUCAUCAACAGCAGCAGCAGCAGCAACAGUUGCUGCUGCAACAUGGUCCGACGCCCCGCCGCUGCAGCUUCCGCAACGGGAGCGCGGAGAGCACGGAGAGCAGCGUAUCCUGCUCACGAACGAGCCUAUCGGCGCAAGAGGACUUUGCGAGUCCCUGGAAGCAACGGAGAAGAGCGUCGACCUAUAACGAAGCCCACCUGGAAAGGACGAUCCAGGCCUUGGGCUCGCCCAAGACUCCCAGAAAGCGAUCCUUUAGCUUCCACGAACAGUCGUCCUGCCGCAAGGGCGAGGAUAACUCGACGACACGCAGGAAGAUGUGCCAAGAGAAGGGUGGGCCGGAAGGACAGAUAGCGCUACCGCCACCCUGCACAUGCCCUUACUUCGGCGAAGCCUCGAAGAAACCGCCGGCUUCGGGCGAGAUCGUCAUCAUUUCGAACGACACAAUGAGGCCCAUUGGCAACAGGGGCCUGGAAAUGGCGCUUCCAGGUGACGUCACCAGGCCUGUUGUCAAUAGAAACCUAGAAGGUGGUCUACUGGGCGAUACGGUGAGGCCCGUCGGCAGCAGGAGUCUAGAAAUGAGUCCGCUGGGCAGGAACAACAGUGCUAGGUCCACCGAGAGCAGUAUCAGGGGUUACGAACAUCCUACCCUGGCAAAUUCCGUGGUCACGUGGCGUGGCGGAAGGCGAGGCUCCAGUCUGGGUAGCACCAGGACCCUGCUGUCUGCAAACACGAGGGCGACGCCGCUACGACGCGCGGCGACGAUGCGAGCGCACAACGGCGCGACGGGUGCAGGACUGACCUUAAGGCAGAGCAAUCCAUCGUCGCCAAACCUCCUGAGGUACACGGGUGGAGGCCAAGUACGCAGCCACCAUUCGCGCAACAGCAGCGUAAUAUCUCGCAAUAGUUCCCGCCACGGCAGGAUCAUCCGGCUCGAGCAGAAGGCGACCAAAGUGUUGGGUGUAGUGUUCUUCACGUUCGUGAUUCUGUGGGCGCCGUUCUUCGUCCUGAACUUAGUGCCGGCGAUCUGUCCCGACUGCGAGCGACGUAUUGACCGCAAGAUCUUCGACCUGGUCACGUGGCUCGGUUACGCCAGCUCCAUGGUCAAUCCAAUCUUCUACACCAUCUUCAAUAAGGUUUUCCGCCAGGCGUUCAAGAAGGUGCUGCUGUGCAGGUAUCGGAAUCAGACGUGGCAGCCGGCUAGGUAGGCCCUGGGCCCCGGGAGACCGGGGAUCACCGUCAGCAGAUUGUAAAUGACCGGAAAGUGACGACGUUGGCGAGGCGGAGGACCAAAGAGGAGAGCGAGAGAGAGAGAUCUACCAUGAGAACUGAAGCGAGAGAACUCUAAUGGUGCUAUUCUACUCGCGCGAUUAGCUAAUCCUGAAGCGCCGUAACGAGGAUUCGGGUGCCUCGAAUCCGAGUAACUCGAAUCGAUCUCACCGAGUUGAGCGACAACUUCUCUGAGAGAACCUCUAUCGAAUCUUCCUAUUAGCGGUUCCUGUUAAUGUUUCCUAUUCAAUAAUAAUUUGAAUGAGCUGGUGAUACUUUUUUUUAAUCUCCCUGAUAGCUCCUGUUAACGUUGCAUAUCAAAUACUUCAUCAGUAGUGUUUCGUAUGGAAUAGAAUGUGCAGAUAUAUCCUAUUUUUUAAUAAUUUUAUACGUAGAUAUAUUUCUCCCAUAACUCGAUGGCGGAGCUUUUAUUUCAAUUAAUUUCGAUGACUCAGAUUGGCAGUCGAAAAAUGCUUUCAUACGUAUUUUGUAAUUUAAUUAUUUUACUUAUAUUUUAUACGUGAUAAUUCUUGCCUCUCUUAAUAUUUCACAAAUUUUAUUACUCCAUUUUUCUAGUAUUUUAAUUUCAUUAUAAUAAAACGGUUAUUCUGAUGAAAUGUUAGUUUAUUUGGACGCUAUUUUAUCAGAAAUAUUAAAUUUUCUUUAUCAAUAGUAUUUUUCAGACAUUUUAUAUGCAUUUAGAGCAAUCUUGCCGAUAGCCUAAUCGCGCGAGGACUCGAAACGCGAGCGAACAAUCCAACUAGCAAUCUAAUAAGAAGCUGUAACAUAGUACCUCCAAGCACGCUUUGUGUAACCGCAGAAUCACCUGAUAAACUGUCCCCCAACUAAUUAAAUUCCCAAUUAAAUUCCCCUAAUUAAAUCCCGCAUCGGAAUAUCGAGAAACUUGUACAUAAAAACGAACGGCGUGCGUUUAGUUAUAAUUAAAAGCGUAGAAUGCGUGCGUGCAUGUGUGCAUGCGUGCGUGUGUACGCGUAAAUGUGUAAAAAGUGUAAGCUGUUAAAAAUGACGAAAAGUGUGUCCCUGAGGAUUUAUUUCUGGCGAGCUCGCUGGAGCGAGAAGAAAGAACCCGAGUUCGACGGAACUCGCAUUAGAGCGAUCGAAAGACUCAUUAAGUGGCGUUAUACAGCGUCGUCAAUGUAUACGAAAGAGAAAAAUGUUUCGAACGAAACAGCCCUCAAUCCUAUCAUUGUUCCUGGCAUGUAUAAAUUCGCCGCGCAAUAAUUAAAGAGAUACGAUAAGCUUCUUUCUAUCACCCAUCAAUUACUCUCGCAUGGACACGUGUACACACAAUAAUGUCCGAUUACUUUAUUAUCCCCCUCGCACGACAUGUUCUUUUGAUAAAGAUAUUUAAUGAAUCCCCGUAAAAACUCGAAAUCCCGUAGAAUCCUCCUGAAGGGAUCCCACAAAUAGUUCCAGCUGCAUUAUUCCAGCGUGUAAAAUUCCAUGAUAUUCUUCCAAGAAUUCCCAAGAGAAUUGGACGGAUCUCAAGAUGCGAAUGAUGCACCUCGUCAUGAAUUCCGAUAUCAACGGUGAUAAGAUCGCGUUUUAUGAGAAUGCGAUUACCCACGGGACUUGCCUACCUCUUUUUUUAUUUACCACCCGUAUCGCGACUCCGCAGGGUAUUCAAUUAUAUUGUUCAUUAGACACGCGAUCGUGAUGCUGAAGACGCGAAUCGUGAAUACGUAUUCCCGCGAUCAUUCGGACAGCGGAGGCAGAAGGUAAGUGGACGAGGAUCGUGGUGGAAAGGGGUGCGGUGGACG